AUAAAAUUGGCCCACGCCAGGGGCAAAGUUAUUAGUAGCAUAAUAGCAAUUGAUUCAACAAGCAGCAUCAAAGUACAAUAAACGCAUCAUGAACAUUUUCCUGUCUCUAGCCUGUUGUCUGGCCUUAAGUGUGGCCUUAACAUCCGCUGGCCGUCCUUCAGCCAAUUAUUUGCCUCCAAAUUUUGGUCCCGUUGGAGCAGCGGGUUCCAGCAAUUAUCCUCGCUAUCAUGGUGUUAGUGGAGUAUCACCCAAUCGACCUCAACAUCAUGCUGCACCCGCAGCAUUUCAUUCGGGUUCACAUUAUGGACAAAAUAGAGCUGCUGCACAAAUACCCAUUUUGAGGAAUGAUUUUACAAAUGAUGGCAAUGGUCAUUAUAAUUUUGGCUUCGAAACCGGCAAUGGCAUUAAACGCGACGAAAAUGGCCAUUUCAAUGGACCUUGGCCUCAUGGCUCUUUGGAUGUCAAAGGCUCCUAUUCCUAUACCGGAGAUGAUGGCAAAGUCUAUUCGAUCAGUUAUAAGGCCGAUAGCAAUGGCUUCCAGGCUGUAGGAGACCAUUUGCCCACACCACCACCCAUACCCAGAGAAAUUCAAGAGACCUUACAUUUGCAUCAACGUGGAGGUGGUGCCUCUGGCCAUCCAGGCUCUCAUUCUGCCUAUUCAACAGCUAGCCACUAUACCGUCUCUGGCAGCCAUCAUGCACCUUCGGCCAACUAUUUGCCUCCCUCCUCAUAUGGUGGUAGACGUCAUUAACCUCAAACUCGAUCUCGAUUUACAUAUUUAAACGAAACAA